AUGCUCUGCGCUAUGUGCGUAUCAGUUUUCAGAAAUCCGGACCGGAAAGGUCCUCACCAUGCCAGACUGGAACAUGUAGAAAGAGCUGCAAGUGCUGGUUGCAAGAUCUGUUCUAUUCUCCAAAAUAAAAUAGUUGCUUUCACCAAAGAGCAUCCGGACCACAAUACACUUGCGCCAUGCCUACGGUACAUCAAGUUCAAAAGAUUGAUUCGAUUCGAUAUACUAUGGGCCAAUUUCAACAAAAAAUCUCUGCAAUUUCUUAACAUAGAACCAUCCAGGACUGUCUCAUUACCAGAAUGCUACGACAGUUUUUUAGCAUUGGCCAAUGAUGAUUUGGCUACAGAACCCUGGCGCGUCAGAAGAGACGGCUUCUACAGUCACUUUCCACCCAAUACUGGACACCUCAAAGUUGCCGAACAGGCUUCUGCGUGGCUGCAAAAUUGCAUUGGUUAUCAUGAAAGCUGCGAAACAUGUGAUCCAACACGAGAUACUACCUGGUAUCCUAAGAGGCUCAUAAAUGUCACUACUCCUCGGAAGCCUCGGUUGUCAUUGACUACUUUCGAGAAACCCAAUGGAAGAUACGCUACCUUAAGCCACUGCUGGGGACCAAAUCCUCAAUUUAUGGUCCUCUCAAGUGACAACGAGGAGAGACUAAGACAUCAACUACCAAUCAACAAACUACCAAGGGCAUUUCAAGACGCUAUCAUAACUACAGAGAGGCUCGGCAUUCCUUAUCUCUGGAUCGAUAGCCUUUGCAUACUUCAAAAAGGAGAUGGAAGUGAAGAAGACUGGAGAGAACAUACUGUUGCCAUGCGCCAAGUUUACCUUAAUUGUGUGUUGAACAUUGCCGUAGACCACGGAAAAGAUCCUCAUUGUGGAGCAUUUCAAGAAAGAGAUACAUUGGCCCUCCAAAAGUGCAACGUCUUGGGAUACGUAUAUGGGUCUGACGAAGGAAUAUGGUCUGUUUUUCACAACGAAAAGGAUUCCUUUUAUGUUUCCAUGGAAUCACCGCUUUCCUGUCGAGCUUGGGCAGUACAAGAGCGAUUGCUCUCCCCCCGGAUACUCCAUUUCGGUUCGGCCCAAAUUUCUUGGGAGUGCAACGAGGAAGAGUUCCUUUUAGAAUCCCUUCCAGAGGCACAUGAGAAUCCUGUUACAAGUCCCCACCGUAUAUGGCCGUUCUCAAUCCCAAUGACACAGGAGAGCACAUCUUCGAAUCAAAUACAAGGACAUUCUCUCACAACCCUGCGGUCAGCAUGGUGGACUAUUGUCGAGGUUUAUGCAAAGGGAGGCCUCACAAAACCUCACAAAGACAAAUUUGUGGCGUUAGCUGGCAUCGCAGAACGCUUUGCUUCUCUCUAUGGCCACGAUUACCUCGCUGGGAUUUUCCGCUGCGAUUUCCCAGUAUGCCUUCUUUGGAACACACUUCCAGGGAGCUCCAGACCAACAGAAGAUGGAUACAGGGCACCGACAUGGAGCUGGGCUAGCGUUGAUGGCCCGAUCUGUAUGGAGAGCGAUUUGUACAAAGACGCUUUGUCCCCGGAGACGGCAAAAGAGCUCACAACUGUCAAAGACAUUCAGGUUGUCCAUCUCCACCAAAACAAUAUAUACGGCCAACUGAAAAGUGCAAGCAUUCACUUAUGCGGCUUGUUGUUCUGUUUUUCGACACCUUUGCCCCAAUCAGUAAACCAGUACUCAGAGAUGGAAGGAUUUAUCCAUUCUAUAAAUGAGCCCCGUUUUAUGUACAAAUUGGGAUUCAGGCUGGAUGAUGAGAAUGACUUUUUUCAUCCGGAAUCACUGUUUGCUUUUCCUGUACUGCAGCAUUUAGAAAGCAAAACGAUAGACGGGCUGAUACUAAAGCCAACGAAUGUUCCAAAGGUUUAUAAAAGGUUAGGUUUGUUUAAGGAGGGAUACUUGGGGGAUCUACUGGAGGGCCAUCCGCGUCAAGAGCUUACUAUUGUUUAA